CCUCCUCUCCCACAAGGCAGCGCGCUGGGCAGACGCGGCCGCCUCCGAGUCUUUUGUGAGGGUGGCGGGCUGCUCCCGACGGCGGCACCAUGAGCGGCCCAGGCGGGGCGGCGGCGGCGUCCGUCAGCUCGGCGUCGUCCGCGCAGGAGGAGGGCAUGACGUGGUGGUACCGCUGGCUGUGCCGCCUGUCGGGGGUGCUGGGGGCCGUCUGCUCUGCCCUUUCCUCCCUGAUUCCUGCCCGUGUCUGUUGCUUUCAAGCUUGCGCUGUCUCCGGCCUCUUCAAUUGCAUCACCAUCCACCCUCUGAACAUCGCUGCUGGCGUGUGGAUGAUCACGAACGCCUUCAUCCUGCUGCUCUGUGAGGCGCCCUUCUGCUGCCAGUUCGUUGAGUCCGCGAACACCGUGGCGGAGAGGGUGGACCGGCUGCGCUCCUGGCAGAAGGCUGUCUUCUACUGCGGGAUGGCCAUUGUCCCCAUCGUCAUCAGCCUGACCCUGACCACGCUGCUCGGCAAUGCCAUCGCCUUUGCCACAGGAGUGCUGUAUGGACUCUCUGCUCUGGGCAAAAAGGGCAGCGCAAUCUCCUAUGCCAGGAUCCAGCAGCAGAAACAGCAGGCGGAUGAGGAGAAGCUCACAGACACCCUGGAGGGGGGCCUGUGAUGCGGUCAGGGUGACCCGACCCUGCCCACCCCCUGGUUGUGUGUGAACAUGUUGUGGAGGGAUGAGGCCUGGAGCGUUGGCCCUGAGGGACGCCCUCCUCUGCACGUCCCUACACCUGGAGACCUCCUCUUUGUGCCCUGAGCCAGAUGCUGAAGGGCUGGGCAAGGGCUCAGGGGGCCUUGGCCAGCAGCAGGAUCGGCGGUAGUGGCAAGCAGUGUGAGCCUCGGGUGGCCCAGGCUGGACGGCUUGAGGUAGAGCCUAAGGCAGCUCUGCACAGACCGCCCACCUGGCACCACUCCUCCCAGCUGCCCUGGCUCAGCUACGAACACCUGCUGGGCAGAUGUCCAGACUUACCGAGCUGAUGGGGCCACUGGGGACCUGCUGAAGGUGGGGGAGAGCUUCCCCUGGAGACACUGGUCCUGUGUCCACGGGGAGGCGUGUCACUGGGGGCCUGGUAACUGGCCAGAGUGCUGCUGCUUGCCCUUCCUCAAGUACCCGGAACAGCAGCCUUGGCAGCUGCUGGACUGCCAGGUGGGAAGCGCUCCCUGCCUCAGCCCCCUGGAACCUGGACAAGCCAUUCCAGGACCUGCCCACGGGCCUGGCCUGGGCCCCCAGGUCUCCUCCCAUCACCUGCCCAGCCCCGGUGCUAAGGAGGUGUGGAGGGCCGGCUGCCCCUGCUCCCUGGGCUGCCCAUCCACCUCUCUGGUGUGGCUCCGCAUAUAAACAGUGGCCUAAGCCCGGUUUA